AAGAGGAUUGAGGGAUCUCUUCCUGUUAAAUAAUAAUGAGGAAAAUGUUAACAUCGUGAACAAUUUAUUUGUUAUUCCGUCAAGAAUAUUGACAGGUGACCCAAUAGAAUUCCUCGAACCAACCAACAUGACGUUUCAGUGGUAACGAGUCGAAUUAUUGGGGGCGUUCGUUCGCUGACCACUGGUGACUGCAUCGGCACUACUUGACUUGACUGUCCUCCUCGCGUGUGUUUAACUUCAACGUUGAAAGAGGAAAACAUUGUUUUGUUGGCCCCGUGUGCAAGGAGUUUCUCCGUGAAACUGCAGGAAUGACGUCUCGCGUGGAGAAGGAACGUUCCAAGCAGAUACAAGAGAAAUGUCAGAACCUUUUGAUACAGAUGCUACGCGACGAGGAUAACAAGUAUUGUGUCGACUGCGAUGCGAAAGGACCGAGGUGGGCCAGUUGGAAUUUAGGCAUUUUCUUAUGUAUCCGUUGCGCUGGAAUACAUAGAAAUCUGGGAGUUCAUAUAAGCAGAGUCAAGUCCGUUAAUUUAGAUACAUGGACGCCGGAGCAAGUAGUGAGUUUACAACAAAUGGGAAAUUCCCGUGCGAGGGCAGUAUACGAAGCAAAUCUUCCCGAUAGUUUCCGAAGACCUCAAACGGUCUGUAGCCUUGAAAAUUUUAUUCGCGCAAAGUACGAACACAAAAAGUACAUAGCUAGGGAAUGGGUACCACCUCCGUUACCAAAGGUAAAUUGGGACAAAGAGCUGGACGAAGAGGCAGAGAGGCAGCGUAGAAGAAAAAAGGAUAAUUCCAAGACGUCCAGCGCUCCAGCUAUACUUCCGCCAGUUAAGAAACCAGAAGUAGUGCCUCAAUUGCCAAAACCUAAGAGUUCUGUCAGUCCUAAGCCUAAUAGAGCAAACAAUUCUGCGACUCAAGACUUACUGGGUUUAGAUGCUCCAGCAACAAAUCAGUCGAACGUAAACGGUGCUGGCGACGACAUAUUCUCUUCAUUUUUAUCAGCAUCUCCCGCUGCGAGUAGCAGUAGUACUUCUAGUACAAUCACAUCGACGGACACGCCAACAGCUGCAAGUAAAAGUGAAGAAGAGAAUUUCUUUGAUCAGCCAGCACCGUCGUCCCAAGAAAAAAAUAAAAUGUCCAAAGACAGUAUUCUGGCCUUGUACGGAACCCCGAGUCAUCAGCAGUCAACCAUGUUCGGAGUUCCUGCUGGAUUAUACGCUCAACAAUCUACGGUUCAGUACAAGCAAGUACCAAGCGCGGUGCCGUUUGGUCAGCCAACUAAUUAUCCAAAUCAACAAAGUUCCUUGACUCAGCUUAAUCAACUUCCUGCCCAGAUGUCUGUCACAGCUAAUCAGUUACCUAUUAAUCAAAAUCAAGUUACGGUAAAUACUAAUUCGUUAGGACCGAUGGCACCGAAUUCUUUAGGGAACUGUUUGCCAAACGUAGGCCAAAUAAAUGGUGUGCCUAAUCCGAUGCAAUCUCAAGUGGUGAUGCAACUAGGACAGUCUAGCAUUAGUAGUAAUAACGGAUGGAGUGGAAUGUUGACGCAAAAUCUUCAACCGGCUCCUGGUAGCAAUCCAUUUUUCAAUUUAACAUCUCAACAGCAGCAACAGUCCGUUGCGUUCAAUUCCCAGUUGUCGCAACAAAUGGCGCAAAUUUCAUUAGGUGGAACGAACUACUCGACCACGCCAGGAAAAUCUACUACCGCACUUCCCGGUCAAACGCUUUCCACCAAUUUGUGGCAGUAAAAAAAUUACAAAUAUCGCUAGUUGAUCGAUUGUAUCGUUCAGUGUCGUACACUAGUGUCGAACGUUCGUUACCCAACAUAAUUACAUUUCCAUGUUAGCUUGGAAAAUCCAGUCGGGGACAUCACGCGACGGAGACACGAAUAAAAAGUACUCGGGCUACUGCCGUUUCCGAAAAAAAAAAGUAUUUCGUGAGUGCACGACGAAGUAUCUCGAGUCGAAAAGAUUUCUUCGCUAAAGCUUCGCUAGCUUUCAACGUUAUUGUUGGAAAGGUGGAAACUAUAUGAAUAAAAACCAAUUUUUUGACUGACUGUAAAGAUGAGUUAUUCGUGACGUACAGUAUACAACGUACUCGAUAAUGUAAUUGUAUUAUUUGCUAAAACGGGUGCUUUUGUAAUCACCGUGAACGUGUGUCAGGGUCCACUUUCAUUAUGGCAAAAUAACUUUCAUUACACUUAAAAUAGGUAUACAAAUAUUUUUAGUACAACGUAUGCGUAUCUUGCGACACAGUUCAUUUUUACCCGAAAACGUAAGGGAGAAACUGGACGCAUAAAUAUGUUUUAACGAAAUAUUCAAGUUCUCUGACAAACUGUACAUUAAAGGCCACUUUACUUAAAAGUGACUUCAGUUAUUUUGAAAGCUAGUUCAUUCUCUAACAGGAAAUAACGAUAUUUAUAUAUGAUCGAAAUGUAUCGUACGUUCUAAACGUUUCAUUGUUAUUUUUGUCUACUGUUAACAUCGGUUCGUGUAAAAAUCGUAUGGACAAUGCCUUGCGUUUUAAAAAGUUAUUGUCGUUUGUAUUAACUUAAUAUUCAAACAAGUAUUAUUAUUACUCCUUACCUUAAUGCAUUUAGCGUUUUUAUUAAUAGUUGAUGGCAGUGACUUAAUCACAUUACUGACACCUUCAUUUCUAAAGUAUACGUAAUGAAGUCUAAAGAAACAUGUUUUCAAACGAUAUGCACUUAAACACCAAGUAUUUUAAUUAAAAGUGUUUGCUGACGACUAAAUACAAUUGUGUAAAACGGGGUUCUUAUAAUUCCCUGCUAAAAUUGUAUAAUUUAUUGCCGUGUAAGAAGAAAAAUACUGAAACUUGACAAUAAGUUCGAAAUAUAUUUAUCACGUUUACGUUUCAAUUGCAUUGAACCGUUCUUUAUUUAAUCGGAUAAUAUAAAUUACUAUGUCGGACACGAAAUAAAUAACAUAAACGUAAGAAAUUUUUUUCAUGUAUUCUUAUAAUUAGAAAUUAUCGUGGUACAUGCAGUUCAAUAGUGAUUCAGGACAAUUAGACCUUGUAACUUACUGUUGCAUCGAGAAAAAUUCAAUUGUAAAAUUGAUGAUAAGUACAAAUAUACGUUGUCAAAGAAAAUA